UGGUCUGUACAGAAUAAGGUCACCCACAAAACCUUUGUUAUAUCACGUUUUGUAUUGGGCCAACUUUGCCGGACUUUAUUAGACCGUUAUUUGUUGCCAGUGUUUCGUUUCGGUAACCAUGAGGAUCAUUUUACUGACAGUUUUCCUGUUUGGUCCGCUUGUGUAUGCCGCAAACUUUGAUGGAGGUCACCAUGCUGGAACUGUAACCAGUCACCUGAUUACUGAAGCUUCCGGUAUAUGCGCGAGCAGGACCCAUCGUGACGUCCUCUACACGCACAACGACUCUGGAGACACACAUAGGAUCUUUGCCAUCAGCGCUACUUCCGGCGCCCGCCUGGGCACGAUCUACAUUAAUGGGGCCCACAGUCAGGAUUGGGAGGACAUUGCAUGCGGACCAUGUACCGGGGGGUCAGGAAACUGUGUCUACAUUGGCGACACUGGAGGCAACGCCGGCGGGGACGCCAAUACUAUUUAUAGAAUCAGGGAACCCUCCAGUAUCCAUGACCAGAGCGUCAAUGUUGACGGAGUAUUAGAGUUCAGCUGGGAUCAGCACGAUUGUGAGACGCUGUUGGUUGACCCCAGGGGCGAGGUGUACGUCGUCUCAAAAGUAGGACCAGGGCACCACGGGAAGUUCGUGCAUCUUCCCGGCAGUGCUUGGAACCAGCACCAUCACGUGUGGGUGAAUGACGGGGUGUAUCUACCAAUCACAGCCAGCAGUAACAGCCCGGUGGGCGGGGACAUCUCGCCCUCGGGGACAGAGCUCCUGUUGAAGACCUACGGUCACGUGUAUUACUGGUCCAUCCCCGACCAGAACUACGAGGCCCACAUCCACAACUACCCCCAGAGUCUGCCCUACCACGCGGAGAGACAGGGCGAGGCGGUGUGCUGGAAGGUGGACGGUAGCGGGUUCUACACGCUCUCCGAGGGCGCAAACUCUGUACUCUACUUCCACAGGAGGCUUUAGUUACCCCCCUCCCCCCCAAAAAAAUAAAUAAAUAAAUAAAUGAUACUUUUAUAUACGAA